AUGAUCAGCCUCAUGGCGAGAGGUGUCCGAGUGGGGAGGAAGCUAUCUGAACGCUGCAGGUUCUUACUCACUUUGAUUUAUGCCUUGUUCUCAGCGCCUGAAAAAUCCUUUAGACCAAGCCGAGGGAGGGUGACUUUCCAAGCAUUUAGUACUAUUUAUAUUUGUGAUGAGGACGAAGAGAUGGAAAUAGCAAAGAGUGUGAGAGUGUCAGCCUAUAAAACGAUCUCAGGAAACAAGGAAGGAGUGACAAAUCCUGCGGCUGCCUGUGCCCUGAUACUACUUCACACCUGGAGCCCACAGCCUGCUGAGACCAGUACACAUGGAGCAGGGCCGAAGCCCACUUUCCUAUGGGUUCUUUGCAGCUACGGUGGGCUUGCAGCCCAAGGCUAUGGCAACCAACCACAGCUGAUGCUGACGGGGGUGCAAGGGACCAUCUUCCCAGCUCCUAACUUCAACCCCAUGAUGGAUGCCCAAAUGCUGGGGGGAGCACUCCAGGGAUUUGAGUGUGACAAAGACCUGCUGAUCGACAUCCUGACUCAGCGCUGCAAUGCCCAGAGACUGAUGAUUGCGGAGGCCUACCAGAGCAUGUAUGGCCGGGACCUGAUUGGCGUGCUGAAGGAGCAGCUUUCUGAUCACUUCAAGGAUGUCAUGGUUGGCCUCAUGUACCCGCCACCAUCCUAUGAUGCACACGAACUCUGGCACGCCAUGAAGGGAGCAGGCACUGAUGAGAACUGCCUCAUUGACAUAUUAGCUUCGAGAACCAAUGGAGAAAUUUUCCAGAUGCGGGAAGCCUACUGUUUGCAAUACAACAACAACCUCCAAGAGGACAUUCAUUCAGAGACCUCGGGACACUUCAGAGACACCCUCAUGAACCUGGUCCAGGGAACCAGACAGGAGGGCUACACGGACCCCGCCAUGGCCGCCCAGGAUGCAAUGGUGCUGUGGGAGGCCUGCCAGCAGAAGACCGGGGCGCACAAAACCAUGCUCCAGAUGAUUCUGUGCAACAAGAGCUACCAGCAGCUGUGGCUGGUUUUCCAGGAAUUUCAAAAUAUCUCUGGGCAAGACAUAGUAGAUGCCAUCAAUGAUUGUUACGACGGAUACUUCCAGCAGCUGCUGGUUGCCAUUGUGCUCUGUGUUCGAGAUAAACCAGCCUACUUUGCUUAUCGACUGCACGGUGCCAUCCAUGACUUUGGUUUCCAUAAUAAAACCGUAAUCAGGAUCCUCAUUGCUAGAAGUGAAAUAGACUUGAUGACCAUAAGAACACGGUACAAAGAGAGAUACGGGAAAUCCCUGUUUCAUGAUAUCAGACACUUUGCUUCAGGGCACUAUAAGAAGGCACUGCUGGCCAUCUGUGCUGGUGACACGGAGGACUGCUGACAUGGAGGGGAGGACGGGGAGCACCGGGCACUCUUCACAGACACAUCAGAGCAGAGUGUGACACAUGAGUUGUCACUCACACCACCACCAAACUACAAGAUCAGAUUUUCUCUUCUGUCUUUAAAAUUAUUCCAAAAUCUAUGAAUGAAAAUCUAUGAUCAAGGAUUUG